CUUCCUUUUUUCAAAGGUCAGUAAACCUAACGAGCUGGUUGAGAUCUUUUGGUCAGCAAUAUGGGUCGGCUUGAUGGGAAGGUAAUACUGCUGUCCGCAGCAGCACAAGGGAUUGGACGAGCCACUGCUAUCGCUUUUGCUAAAGAAGGAGCCAAAGUCAUUGCUGCAGACAUCAAUAAGUCUAAGCUGCAAGAGUUGGAGAAAUACCCAGGCAUUCAAAUACGGGUUCUGGAUGUCACCCAAAGGGAGCAGAUAGAAAAUCUGGCCAAGGAGAUUGGAAGGAUAGACGUCCUCUGUAACAUUGCAGGGUUUGUUCAUCAUGGAACCAUCCUGGAAUGUGAGGAGCAAGACUGGAACUUCACUAUGAACCUCAAUGUUCGCAGCAUGUAUCUAAUGAUCAAGACUUUCCUUCCAAUGAUGAUUAAACAGAAAUCUGGAAAUAUUAUAAACAUGUCCUCUGUGGCAUCCAGCAUUAAAGGAGUUGUGAACAGAUUUGUAUAUAGUACUUCAAAGGCAGCAGUUAUUGGUCUAACAAAGUCUGUGGCUGCUGAUUUCAUUGAACAAGGCAUCAGAUGCAACUGCGUAUGUCCUGGAACUGUUGACACACCAUCUUUACAGGAAAGAAUACAAGCCCAGCCUAACCCAGAACAGGCAUUGAAAGAUUUUCUAGCCAGACAGAAGACUGGUAGGAUGGCUACUGCUGAGGAAGUGGCUCAUCUCUUUGUGUACUUGGCCUCGGAUGAAUCUGCCUACAUGACUGGCAACGAACUCGUCAUUGAUGGAGGAUGGAGCUUGUGAUCAACUCUACCUGCAGAUGGAGACUAUUAAAGGCAAGAAGUGAGGAUCGUGUUGCUCAGUUAAGAGUUUGCAAAGAUUUAAAUCACCCACGUGAUGUCAUCCGUACAAAUUUGGUGCAUUUUUAUAGUUGUAAUCUCUUUCUAGAUUGAUCUUACAGAUUCACUUUUCCCUAAAUGGUGAAACAUUGGAGUAAAACACUUCAUGUUGCUUCUCUUUAUGGUAACUCCUGGAGCAUGAACAGGAUUUUAGCCUUUCAGAUGUCAAAGUACAAAGAAUAUUAUUUAAGAUACAAAAUAUAAGUCUUAUUUUAAGCGAAUCUAAAUUAAAGAAAUUACAUACUACUCUUAUUCUCAGUCUGCAAAAUAUUUGGAGGUUAAACAUUCACGAUUAGACUUCUACCAGCAUUAGCAGGCUAUCCAGAGAAAACAGACUACUUUUAAACCAGCUGAACAAUUAUUGAACUAAGUGUGGUUCAAACAACAGAAAUAAUAGCAUGUUUGAAUCAUUCUGUAACUGUCUAUAGAUGUGUCUAUAUUAGAGAGCAUACUAGUUCUUGCAAAUUAUAUGUUAAAAGUCCAUCCUGCUUUGCAAAUUGUGACUUUUUCUGUUCUCUGUAAUAACUGUAGAAAAAUGAUCUGUGUUGAAUUGUUGAAAAGAACGUGUCCCAAGUCUGACAACACUUAGAAAUCCAAAGUGGAAGGUGCAAGAUGAUCAGGGACAACGUAGAUACAUAGUAUAUGGGCACAAUAAAUUCCUGCAGAUACAGUAAAGAGUUGGUGUACAUGCACAGCUGAUUUGUGCAACUGCAAUAUCCAUUUUCCACAUACUGGGGAAGUUAGGCCUUUGGAAUCUGGAAAAAUAGUAAAUCAUAGCCCAAAAUACCGAACAACAGAUUGCAAUUAGAAGCAGUAUAACUAGCAGCCUUGUAUAGUUUCGGAGGUUUGUUUUUUUUUUUGUUAUUGUUGUUCAAGUAUACAAAGAUUAUAGACACUGUCUUAAUGAAAUAGAAAUGA